AUGUAUGAGCUUAGAGUUCCUCUACUUAAAAAUGAAGUAGAAUCCACCCAUAAAGUGUUGAAAGAAUACAAGCAAGAAUGGGCAGUAGAAGGUUGCUCGAUUCUAUUAGAUGGAUGUCGUGAUUCAACUGUUCAUAAAUAUAUUGUGAACUUUUUAGUGAAUUCUCCUAAAGGUUCAGUCUUUUUAAAGUCCUUGGAUGUCUCAGAAAUCAAAAAAGAUGCAAACACAUUAUUUAAAAUGCUUGAUGGCAUGGUGGACGAGAUAGGAAAAGAGAAUGUAGUGCAAGUGGUGACAGACAAUGCAUCUAACUAUGUUAAAGCUGGAACAAUGUUAGAGGUAAUAAGACCACAUUUAUAUUGGACUCAUUGUGCUCACUGUAUCGAUCUAAUGUUGGAAGAUAUUGGAAAGAUCCCAAAGAUGCAGAAUACUUUGAAGGGAGCCAUGUUCUACAAUGGUUAUAUCUAUAACCAUGUUGGCAUUGUCAACAUGAUGAGGAGGUUUACAAAUCAGAGAAACCUCUAUAGGUCUGCAAUCAUGAUAUUUGCAACAUCAUUCAUUACUCUCAGCCAAAUGCAUAUACAAAAAAAUAAUUUGCGAAAGAUGAUCACGUCUCCAGAGUGGAACAAUACCAAGUGGUCAAAAGAUGUUGUGGGGAAGAGACUAACAUCAAACUUUUUGCAAGAAAGGUUUUGGAGAAAUAUAGUCUAUGCUUUAAAGUUGACUGGACCUCUUGUUAAGGUUCUUAGAAUGGUAGAUGGAGACAAAAAACUAGCCAUGGGAUACAUCUAUGAAUCCAUGGAUAGGGCUAAGGAGACUAUCGCUGCUACUUUCUUGCAUAAGGAAGAACAUUAUAAAAAAGCUUUUGAGUAUAUUGAUGCAAGGUGGGAUUGCCAACUCCAUAGGCUGUACAUGCAGCCGGGUUUUUCUUAAAUCCAGAAUUUUAUUACAAAAAUCCCGAGAAUGCAAUGUGUGUUGAGGUUAUGAAUGGAUUGUAUGCAACCAUUCAAAGGUUGGUACCUGAUUUAAGCACUCAAGAUAAGAUUGGGGAACAACUAGACUUGUAUCAAAAUGCCCAAGGCUUUUUGGCAAUCCGACGCCAUAAGACAAAGAGACAAAAAAGCUCCAGUUGAUUGGUGGUCGGCAUAUAGAGCGUCGGCACCAGAGUUACAGAAAUUUGCAAUUUGAGUUCUUAGCUUAACUUGUAGUGCUACGGGUUGCGAGAGGAACUGGAGCGUCUUUCAACAACUUCAUUAAAAAAAAGAACAGAUUAGCACAAAGUAGAUUAAAUGACAUGGUAUACAUCAAGUUUAAUCGUGAUUUGCAAAGAAGAUAUCAAAGAAAGGACACCACAGAUCCUAUUAUUUUGAAAGAAAUAGAUGAAAAUAACGAGUGGUUGAUGGGCCAUAUGGAUGAGGAAAAUGUUGAAGAGGAUGACUUUGUGUUUGAUGGAGAUGAUUUAACUUGGUCUGUUGUUGAUAAAGCUUUUGGGGCAUAUGAGCCUAAUUAUUCUACUAGGAGGUCAUCUACACCAAGUUCAACUUCAUUAAGAGAUAAAGGAAAUGAUGUCGCUGAAACCUCAAAUCAUAGAAGGGCUUCAAGGGAAUUUAGCUUGAUUGAUGAAGAGAUAGAAGAAGAUAUUGGAAUUUCUGAAAAGAUGAUGGGGAGGAGGAGGAGGAGGUACUUGGGAUUGAUGUUGAUGACGAUGAUGCUGAUGAAUUUUAGGCAUUUUCCUUAUUUAUGAUUUUUGUUAUGUUCUGUAUUUGUCUUUGAAUUAUGAAAUUGGUGUUUUUGUUUCUUAACUUGGUUAUUAAGUUGUUUUGUCUUCGAGGUAUGGCUCUAAA